ACGCGCCUCACCACCGGAGGCGCCUCGACCUGCUGAGUUCGAAUCUGUCCUCUGUUUCUUCUACAGGUCAGCUGUUUGUCCGGAAAAAGCAGCUGCAGGUUCGGCCCCUUUUACAAAAAUCGCGAACCCACCCCCUUCUUGGUCAAUUUCUUGCUGGAGAAGAUGACCUACGCUCUGAUACUAGUUGUGUGGUGAAAUUCCAGCAAUAAUCAAGGUGAUACCGAGUUCAGUUUUCACCAAAUAUCGACACAACCACAAUUGAAACAACACCCAACUUUCACUUUCUUUCUUCCCACCUAAGGUUGCUAUUUAUACUCACAAAGAGUCAGCCAAGAUGAAGAACAAUAUAGCCCAAGAGAAAACCACACAGACUAUUUGAAAGAAAGAGGCCGAGAAUCAAGAUCACAGAAAGAGAUGGAGAGUUCUUCAUUGUGGAGGCGUGGAAGGAGCCGUAAGUUAUAGACUAGUGAGUGGCCAAAAAUGGUAAGUUAGGUUAGGUUAACUUAGUGGUCCAAAUAAGGCUCAACACAAAGAUAAUUGGCUCCAAAUGAAUAACAUAGUCCUCCAAGUAAAUGGGACGGACCACGAGCAACACUAGUAAAAUAGGUUGCUUCUAACGGUCCAUAGAAAAUUGGGUUGGAUUGUCUCGAUGAUAGUGUCGACAUAUAAUUCAAUCAUAUGGUCAAGGCCGACUGAUAAUAAAUAAAAUCGAGGUUACAUCAUUGCCUGGGAGGUCGUUUGACAACAAAUUGCCUAACAAAAGGGGUUAAUAAUGCAUGUCUGUUGUUGUAAAUAAGGGGCAUAAGCAACAUAGUAAUGAACAUAUAUACUAUGUAACAGAUCAUAUUCCUUGUAUGGCAUCCAAAAGUACAACGUAUUGCUUGUGGGCUAGCACAUAAAGAAUUGAAGGCUUACAAUGCAUUUUCUUAGGGAUGUGUGAGGAUAAUAUUUAAAAUCUUAUAUGUAAUUUCAGGUCUCUGUCCUUCCUCCACUAGCUUCAGUUUUCGUUACAACCAUUGCAUCACAAUUUGCAGACAACUUAAUUUCCAAAGGGGUUGAUACCACCAUGAAAUGAGGGCUUUUACACCUUGCAUAUGAGAGGAAAAUAUUAUGGUAACCUAAUACACGUGCCAAUUUCCCAAAGCGCCCCUACAACACUUUUUGAAGUUUUUCUGAGAAGAGAAGUAUAUAGGAUAUUAGGCGCUAUGCAUUAAACAAGGGAUCAAGACCAUGAACAAAUAGGCUGGAACAGGUAGGCCUGACCUCAAACUCAAUCGGCUCAACCUUGGACAUAGCUUCUAGUUUCAUGCAACAAAGACAACGGUGGUGGCUGCAUUGCCCUUGGAUGCUUGUGUCAGCCUGGGGAGAGAGAGUUUCGUGAUGUUUGAUGAAUUCAUUCUACAUGUUAUAUGACUCCUCUUGAUGAAUCUGAAUCAAUUUGGAUGUAAUCUAAUAGAGAACCACUCCUAGUAGAACCAGAAGUGCUAUUGUAGUAAGUAGAUGAGUCAUAGUUGGAAUGUCCCACAGUUACUUGAUAAUUAGUAGAAAUAUAGCAGUGAAAUAGUAUUGUAGUACUAGAGAUUCUGAAAUCCGGAUUAUCAGUCUUGUGAAAAUGAGACGUAGAGCCUACCCAAGGUGGUCUGUUUGGUUCACAAGGCCCAAGGUGCUUGUCUUCAGGUGGAAAAUGUGUAGUAAUCUGGAUGCUUUGAUAAGUUGAGGUGAGGAAAAUUUGCCAGACAAUUGCUUUUUUGUCUCCUGCAACUUGCAUGAUUCUUUCCUCUUUGGACUUGGGACUAGAUCCAUGGGAAAUUGUAACAAUUCUCACUGGCGGUUUAGCACUCUCAAGUUUUGCCUUAUCAGGACUAUAUUGUACACAUCAAGACAUUUCACCUGAAUACGCAAGCAUUCUUUUGGGCAUUACGAACACCGUUGGAGCUAUACCUGGAAUUGUGGGUGUUGCUCUCACUGGCUACCUUCUCGACUCAACUCAUUCAUGGGGUAUGUCACUGUUUGCACCAUCGAUAUUCUUCUAUCUUACUGGUACUAUCGUAUGGUUGGCACUUGCGAGCAGCAAGCCACAAACCUUCUCAAAUAGCGAUUGAUGUUCUUAUCAGCCAUGAAUCAACAGAAUCUGUUCAGAAGUACUAAUGACCUGAACAAUAAUUUUGAGGAAUAACUUUCCUUGUAAGCUGCCUAGGACUUCUUUUUAUCCUGUCUGUAUAUAAAAUCAUAGGCUUUUGGCAUUUAGCAAAAUCUAUUCUAAAUUACACCAUAUAUGAUUCUUGUAAUUUUAUAUUGCUUCUGCAAUAUCAUAUUUGUUUCAGAAAUUGAAGAAUCAAGAAAUCUGUAUUAAAGUGAAAAAUAGUAGUUGAAUUUUUA